AUGACCGAACAUGUCCAAGCAAUCAUUAGGAAUACGGAAGCCAUUUUACUUGAAGCCGGGUCGUCGCUGGAGAACGUGGUCAAGGUCGUGGUGUAUAUGAAAGACGCAAAAGCCAUGCCUGAAUUUGCCGCAGUCUAUGAUCCUGCAUUGCCGCAUAAGCCGGCGCGGUCGAUGGUCGAGGUAUCGCAUUUACCGGCGGGCGUUGAUAUUCAGGUUGAUUUCAUCGCGGUGACCACAUCGCCUAGCCUCUGA